AUGACAAAUGAUCAGAUACAAGAUAAAUCACCUAGUAAUGAUACAAUCACUCAACAUAUCAAUUUGAACAAGGGCAUCUCUAUAAAGGAACUAGAGGAGAAUCACAAAGCAAGGAAAAUCCUUGAAGUUCCUGGGAAAGAAAAAGGGAAAGUUGAGGAGGAAACUUAUAAAGAGAACAAAAAUCAAAAUACUGAGAAUGUUGAAGAUUCUAACAAACAUGGAAAUACUCAAGACAAGAGAGGAGAUGCUCAAGACCAUAACAAUGAAAAGAAUACAAGUUUAGGACAAGAUCAAGAUAGUGAAGGGGUUUACAUUAGUAGACAAGUCCAACCUGACUCAUCUAGUGGAGGAGAAAAAGAAGAGGAUGAGGAGGAAUAUAACAGUUCUGAGGAUCAAGACUAUGAAGAGAAAAGGAGUUCUGAACAUAUUGAUGAUUAUGCUAGACUUAACAGUGAAAACUUCAAUGAUGACGACCAAAACAACAACCAGGACAUAGUAAACUUAGCUAGCGAUAAGCAUGAUAUUGUUUAG